UUUUUCUUUUUUUUUUUGUUUCUUUACUUAUUUAAUAAUAAUUAUCACAAAAAAAAAAAGAUGGAUCCUGGUUACAAGCUUCUUGAACAUAUUAAAACUAUUCCUAAUCUUAUUAAUGAAGAUCCAAGUAUUACUACACCAAAGAAUUCAAGUUUUAUGGAUUUACCUUGGUCUGAAUUCUCAAAACUUUUGGCUAAUCAAAAACGUCGUACUUCCACUACAAGUAGUGAUAGUUUAGAUUCUUCAAUUGAAGAUGAAACUGUGAAUGAUUCUUUAUGGGAUGCUAAUACUGGUUAUCAAUUCUUGGAUAACAAAUAAUAAUUACACUUUAUUUUUGCAUUAAACCAUUUUUUUUUACCCUUUCAUUAUUUCAUUACCCGCCUCUUUUCUUCUUUUUUUUUUCUCUCUCUCUCUCUCUCUCUCUAUCAUUAUCUCCAUUUUCGUGCAUAUCUUUUUGAUUCUCC